UUGCUAAACGAGUAACCAGUUUUAAGCGUUCAGUCAAGGACGUAAUUUGAACGAGAAAACACGUUCUGCAUCUUCUGCAUUCAUUUUCCUCUCACUGUUUGAAAAAAUUGAGGUUUACAAACCAUGGAACGCUGGUCUGGUAAAAUAGCUAUAGUUACUGGUGCAUCCAGUGGAAUUGGAUUAGCAACAGCCAAAGCUCUUGUUCAACAUGACACCGUUGUCAUUGGAUUUGCAAGAAGGAAAAAUAAGAUGGAGAGCGAAAUGCAGAAUGUUAAGGGAAAAGAUAAAGGAAAGUUUUAUGCAUGCGAGUGUGAUGUUUCCAAUCCUGAAAGUAUCGAGCAUGCAUUCGAAUGGGUCAAGAAAAAUUUUGGAGUAGUUCAUAUUCUGGUGAACAAUGCUGGUGUCUCAACAAAUAAGAAAUUUAUGGAUUCUUCCAGACCCGAUUGGAAAAAAUUAUUCGAUAUCAAUGUGUUAGGAUUAAUCGAUUGUACGAAACGUGCCGCUAGAUUAAUGUUAGAUGCUGAYGUAGARGGUUGCAUUAUUAAUAUCAACAGCGUCGCCGGUCACGAUAUUUUUUGUUACCCGGGUGUUACUCUUAAUAUGUAUUCAGCAACGAAAUAUGCUGUUACUGCUGCUUCUGAGAUUACUGCAAAGGAAUUGCAUGGUAGUAAAAUUCGAGUGACGAGUGUUAGUCCAGGAUUUGUUGCUACGGAUAUCGUUACAGCCAACAAUUUUGACUUAACAAAUUUGCCCAAGAAUGUGCCGGUAUUGAAAUCUAGUGACAUUGCAGAUGCUGUUAUUUAUAUAAUUGGAACUCCCCAACGUGUUCAUAUUACUGAAUUGACUAUUAGACCAAUGGGAGAACUUAGAUAUCAAGAUCAAUAAUAGGAUUAAGUUUAAUAUUUGAUAUGGAUUUUAUAUUCGUAUUUUUUUUCUAUAACCAUAAAACAAUGAAGGUAUAAUUUUUGUAAUAAUGUUAAAUGAAACUGACAAUUAUAACACUUCGGGUUUUACCUCGAUAAGUCAAUAAACAUUUAUAUAUCUUUUCUCAA